UCGCCAGGGACAAUCCGGUUUAUCGUUUUAUUUUUUCCAGUUGGGUUGUUCGUCCUGCCGAGACGUGCACGAGUUAUUAAUUCGUACCGGCUCUCGCCACAUACUGCCUGCACCCGUUUUAGAGGACAAAAGAAAUGGCUAGUAACAACAGCAGACGUUUAUUCAAAUUUGUGUCGGAACACAUUACACAUUCCUCCAGAAACUAUGGAACUGCUAAAAGGGUGGUGGCAGCUAAACCUGUUGUGGAGAUGGAUGGAGAUGAGAUGACCAGAAUUAUUUGGGCUAUGAUCAAAGAAAAGCUUAUAUUUCCCUAUGUGAAGCUGGACUGCCUGUACUUCGACCUGGGGCUGCCGCACCGCGACGCCACCGACGACCAGGUGACCAUCGACGCCGCGCACGCCAUCCUCAAGCACAACGUCGGGAUCAAGUGCGCCACCAUCACGCCUGAUGAACAGAGAGUUGAAGAGUUCAAGCUGAAGAAGAUGUGGCUGAGCCCGAACGGCACCAUCCGCAACAUCCUGGGCGGCACGGUGUUCCGCGAGCCCAUACUGUGCGCCAGCAUCCCCCGGCUGGUGCCCGGCUGGACCAAGCCCAUCGUCAUCGGCCGCCACGCGCACGGCGACCAGUACAAGGCCCAGGACUUUGUUGUGCCCAAACCUGGAAAGGUGGAAAUGGUGUACACUAUGGCCGACGGCACGGUGGACAAGCGCCUGCUGUUCGAGUUCAAGGUGCCCGGGGUCGCCCUCGGCAUGUACAACACGGACGAAUCCAUUCGCGCAUUCGCACAUUCAAGCUUUCAGGUGGCGCUACAAAAGAAAUGGCCGCUGUACUUGUCUACGAAGAACACAAUUCUCAAGAGAUACGACGGUCGCUUCAAGGAUAUCUUCGAAGAGGUCUACCAGAGCGACUAUAAGAAGCAGUUCGAAGACGCCAAGAUCUGGUACGAGCACCGGCUGAUCGACGACAUGGUGGCGCAGGGCAUGAAGAGCAGCGGCGGCUUCGUGUGGGCCUGCAAGAACUACGACGGCGACGUGCAGUCCGACAUCGUCGCACAGGGCUACGGCUCCCUGGGCAUGAUGACAUCAGUGCUGAUGUGCCCCGACGGCAAGACCGUGGAGUCUGAGGCGGCGCACGGCACGGUGACGCGCCACUACCGCAUGCACCAGCAGGGCAAGCCCACCUCCACCAACCCCGUGGCGUCCAUCUACGCGUGGACCCGGGGGCUCAUCCACCGCGCCAAGCUGGACAACACGCCCGAUUUGGCCAAAUUCGCGCUCUCUCUGGAAGAGGCCUGCGUGGAGUGCAUCGACAGCGGCAAGAUGACUAAGGACCUGGUGAUCUGUAUCCACGGCAUGGAGAACACCAAGGAGGGCAUGUUCUUGCACACCGAAGACUUCCUGCUGGCUAUCGCCGACCAGCUGGAGCGCAAGCUUUCUAAGUAAACGACCACCGCGUUCCAGACAUUGUUGUAGCAGAAGGCUCGGGGAAAUCUACAAUCA